UUUGUUUUUAAAGUUCCAAUUUUUUUUAGAAAUGUAGCACUGGUUCAUUCCAAACCUUGCCAGGUGUCACAUCAGGCUUUUUCCCCCACUGCCACCUCCUGCCAGCAGAAUGGCUGCCCUCACCCCAGAAGAACUGAAGAAUCUCCGAAAGAGUUUCCAAGAAAAGAACCAAUCCUGUUUUAUCCUGGGCGCCUCGGGCGAAACUGGGAAAGAACUGCUAGCCGAGAUCUUACGACAGCAGGUGUUCUCCAAGGUGACGCUGAUCGGCCGCCGAAAGCUGGACUUGGAAGGGCCGCUUUACGCCAGCGUGACCCAAGAAGUCGUUGACUUUGAGAAAUUGGAUGACUCUGCUGCCUCCUUCCAAGGCCAUGCUGUUGGAUUUUGCUGCCUGGGGACCACCAGGGCCAAAGCCGGAGCGGAUGGAUUUGUGCGCGUCGACCGUGACUACAUUGAGCACUCGGCAAAGCUAGCCAAAGCCGGUGGGUGCCACCACUUCGUCCUACAGUCAACCAAGGGUGCAGAUAACUCCAGUGGCUUCCUGUACCUCCGGGUUAAGGGUGAAGCUGAGGCCAGGGUUGAAGCAGUUGGAUUUGAACGUUGCUCCAUAUUUAGGCCAGCGGUGCUGCUAUGUGACCGUCAGGAGUCUCGGCCUACUGAGUGGAUAGCCAGGAAGUUCUUAGGACUGGUAGCCCUUGUUUCUCCCACAGCUAUGUCUGUCCCCACAGUGACAGUGGCCCGGGCGAUGGUAAACCAUGUGGUGAUGCCAGGAAAGGAAGGCCAGAAGGCGGAAGUGCUGGAAAAUGCAGCUAUACAUGCCCUUGGGCAGAUGAAAUAGUUGGGAGUUUAGCUUCCUGAAUGACAUAGUGGUGGAGGUGCCUCAGCAAUUUACGGCUCAGGCUUUCUUAUUUUUCCUUUCCCUUUGAGAGAGUCUCUCAAGUUGUGAGGUCUUGCCUGUUAUCUUGGAGCCAGGCCUCUGUGACUCCGUGGUAACCCAGCAAACCACCACACCUCUGGUGGCAGCCAUUUUGAAUAGAAUUGUUAGUUGCCAGAAGGGCAAAUGCUUAACCAUUGACCGCAGUGCCAUGGUCAUGAAAUAUUGUCAGGCAAGACACUGGGGAGUGACGGGGAGAACUGUGUGCUUGGUUGUGGGGAAACAUUUCUAAGCAUUGACCUAUGGUAGACCAGCACUAUGCAUUAAAACAAGAUACCUAAAGUGCCUGUUUGCUUGAAAGAACUAACUGGCCCCCUCUGGGUUUGCGGCUUGUUGCGGAAUAUAACCCAAAUUACUUGUGCCUUCUAAUCCUGGUCUGCUCCAAUCACGUCUGAUCUGUGUGGGGUGGAGUCAUGUUUGAACAUUUGAGUCUACUUCCAUGGCACAUGGAUUGUCCCAAGGAUUAAUUAUCCCCUUGUAAAUGUUUCCUGUGACACCGGAAGAAUUUCUCACCCAAAAUGUUUUGCGUUGUCCACGUUUCAGAAAUGUUGCUAUCUGAUUUGGCACUACAAAUCUCUUUUUACACCAAAGUAAAUACUCAGUUCCUUCCAGUAACGGUAUAUAAGGGAAGCUUUUUCUAAUAUUUGUCAUGGUUUUCUUUUUAAGAGGUGUAAAAUUUGAGUGUGGAAUCUGGGUGAAUUUGCAGAUGACCUGAACACACAGCCUAGGUGUUUGCUUUAGCACUUCUUGAGUGCCAGCCCAAGGAGAAAAAGCCAUGUCCUAAUUAUUCUUAGGCUGAGGAGAGGAGUUUAUUAAUGCUCAGGACUUAAAUAUUAACCUCAUCACCCCCAUGCUUUGCUCUGAAGCUGUGUUAUAACCUUCACACAAAGGCCACUUUGCAUUUGAUAUCCCUCCACAACUAAACUUUGGUGCAAGAGGAUUUUAAAAAAUCCCUGUUAGACUAACCAGUGUAUUUGUGCUUUUAACCUGUCGGUUGUUUUAUUAUGGUUUUAAUUUUUGUGAACCGCCCAGAGAGCUUCGGCUAUUGGGCGGUAUAAAAAUGUAAUAAAUAAAUAAAUAUCCCUAUUCAAGUAUCCCCAUCUUGAAAUGGGGAGAACGAAGAUGUACUUAGCUCUACCCCCCUCUACAUCCCAUCGCCGGCCCUGUCACGUCACGCUCCGCAUAAUGGAGGGUGAAUGUCUACAGCAAGGAGCCUGCUGUACUUGUGGCAGCUCUCUGUGUGACUUAGAACUUUGCACAGUUAGAGUUCUAAAUUGCCCGAGGAGUAUCUCCAUGAUUACAGCAGGCUUCCCACUGCACAGGUUUGCCCUACUAACGUGAGGGCAGUGGGAAUGCCACAGAGGGAGCUGAGCUAGCUAGUGCAUCCCUGCCUUCCCCAUGCAUGAUCUAAUCCUGUGAGAAGACAGCCUACAUCAGGCUACUCUCUUUUGUAAUAAUCACGCAGGUGGCUUUUGCCAGGUAUGCAUUCACGGGGAAAUUCCCAACAGCACAAAACACAAGCUUGUGGGUUUACAGAUAAUGGUGCGCGUAGUGUCAGAGGGAAUGCACUGUUGUGUGCAGUGGCUUACCAAACAGGGAAACAUAGGGUGAAAGUCUGCCUGGAAAGCCUUUUAGUGUACAUCUGAUGUACAUCAGAUUUAGUGUACAUAUGAUUUAGUGUGCAUCACAUUCUUGGGCUAAACAUUUGGAAGGGAAUAAAGGGUGUAGGGGAGUCGAGUCCAACUUCUGUGAAGGGCUCAACGGGUAAAUAGUAACAAAGAACGGGACAUUAUUUUAAAAACUUGUUUUGAGAAUUAAUAACUGACUGCCCAGUGUUUUUCAUUGGGUUAUAUUUUUAAUUGGAAGAUUGGAAACAGAAAUCUCUGGGUUGGAUCCAGAUUUACACUCAAUCAGCUGCAUUGGUGCAAGUGGAAUUCUCCACCCGCUGCUUCCCACGGCAGCCUUUACAGCCCUCUCAUAAGCUACACAGAAAGUCAGGAGCCCCUGGGGUAUAGGUAGAGCUAUGGUGUGGGUGUGGGAACCCCUCAAAAUUGGGUGGGGGAACCUUAGAUGAUGCAGAGGCCUGACUCUCGCAGAAAGUCGCUUCCUCUUGUGGAAGACAGAUUCUGGAUCCAUCCCAUUGUGUGUGCAGGUAACUUACAUCAGCCUUUUUUUUUUAACCAUCUAGCACUUUUCUUGUGAGAUAAAUGGUCAUAGCUGUCCUGUGAGUGGCUAGAUGAUAUGCAGAACAGGGCAUUUUAUUUAAGUGCAUGAUGCAAAUAUUGUUAACCAAAGCAAGCUGCCCAAAAAAAUGCCAGACGAUCUUCUGGCUAACAGCAAAGCUUGUGCCUAAACCUUUGAUCAAAUUGCGUUUUGAUAUGAUUGCUGAAUCUGGAACAUCUCUUUUGUUUCUGAAAUAAUUCCAAAAGGGAUUAAUGCUGUUGGUGCGAAUUCAAAAGCUUUAAGUGUAUGUCAUUGCUGUUUAUAAAUUUAAUUAAAAAUGUCAUUCAGUGGGGCAUAUUUGACCGUGUGUCAAUUUCAUGUUAAAAUGCUACAACUACAUCUCGAAGUUUCGUUGCAGAAUA